AUGGAGCCAACGCUGCUGCAGUACAAAGUGUUGAUUCACCUGGAUGAGGUAUGUGACUACACCAACGUCGGUGAGCCGUGGUUUUUGGGGUCCUCGUCGAGCAGUGGGCAGAGUGGCAUCCCAGACGACGGCGAUGGCCCUAGGGGUGGUGGUACGGUCGUUUCAGCACGAAGAGCCUGGCAGUUUGGCGUUCCGGACGUCAGAGGGCAGUCUGCUGGUGACACCGGUGGCGGUGAUCGCUGGAGUAGGCAGCGCGGAGGCUCCAUGGCACUCCCGUCUUGGAAGUUGCCACCCAUGGUCCCUCAUGCUGCCAUUCUGGGCAGCGGCCCCGCUCUGCCAGUUCGUGACUGUAUCUCCGUCAGAGUUUCUGCUUUUGACCGCCUGGAUGGACCCGCCAUUGCCGCCCGUGAGUGUUCGAAUCCGAGGCACUCCUCCCUGUCACCAACUGAUGUUGUGCGCCCAGCGAGGGAUGAUCAGGUUGUUGUGGUGCCCACCCACAAGCCUUCUACAUGUUCACAGGUGGCCACGUGCCUAGCGACUGAGAGCAACCCCACCAUCCCCACUCCGGUGCUGGUGGAAGAGCCGUCUGGCAAUCAACUGCGGGAAGAUGAGGAUGGACUGCCCAACUACUAUACGUCCCCACCUGGGUUGGACCUGCCACGGACAGUUCUUGUCUCCCAUGCGGUCCCGGAGACAACACAUGCGGUUUUGAUGGUCGCUGAUGGCGGCCAGCUUGCAAACCAGGAGACGGGAAGCCCAGUGAGGAUUCUCAAACGCGCGAGUUGCGAAGAUGAAGACAAGGAGGGCCUCGGCCCCUCUGUGGUGGACCCCACCGAACAGGUAGUGAUGAUUCCCACUAGGCAGCCCAUUGAGCCAUUUUUAGAGGGAGUGGAGAGCGUGGAGAACAUGGAUGACCCCAUAGUACCUUCCAGCAAUAAUUUAUUAGCACUGCAUGGAAGGGGAGCUCAGUCCGGUGGAUGGGACGGUCAGGUGCAUGGAGUUCGCUGCUCCCAUGCAGUGCGAAGGCUUGGCGGGGCUGGUGGUGCCGGUAGCGGACCAGUUCAAGACGCUGGCAAUAGGAGGAGAUGA